GUCGACCUGGUGUACGGCGUGGGCGGCAUAGGGCUCAUGGGGCUCGUCUCGCGGACCGUCCACGCCGGCGGCAGGCGCGUCAUCGGGGUCAUUCCCAGGAGGACUCUGAUGGCCUCUCCCGAGGUGGUCGUGGAGACGGUGGGGGAGGUGGUGCGGGUGGCGGGCAUGCACCAGCGGAAGGCGGAGAUGGCGAGGCAGUCCGAUGCGUUCGUAGCCCUGCCCGGAGGGUACGGAACCCUGGAGGAGCUGCUGGAGGUGAUCACAUGGGCGCAGUUAAAGAGCAUCCACCGUAAGCCGGUCGGGUUGCUGAACGUCGACGGCUACUACGACUCCCUGCUGGCGUUCAUCGACCGGGCCGUGGAGGAAGGCUUCGUCAGCCCCGGCGCCCGCGGCAUCGUCGUCCAGGCCCCCACGGCGCAACACCUCAUGGCCAAACUCGAGGAGUACGUGCCAUACUACGACAGAGUUGCAUCCGGGCUCAACUGGGAGGCGACGAGGGCGGCCGUCGUCGGCAAGGAUGCCGCCGGCGCUGGUUCCCCCGGAGUCAGCGUUUCAGGCAUAUGACCUUCGCUAGUCGUCGUUGAAUACCCAAACCUAGGCACCUAGCUGCUAGCAAGAUUUGUCUAAACCACGGUAAGCUAUCGUUUGGCGUCCGGUAAGAACUAGCGCCACGGGGGAAGUUGUUCCACGGACGCCGCGGGCCGGGCGACCAGGCAACAACAGAACAAAUGGGCCGAGCCGCUCACCAGAACAAAUGGGUGACGUCAAAAAAAAAAACAGAACAAAUGGGCCUAGCCGCUCACCAGGCCAGUGAGGCGCAAUGGGCGUGCUUGUUUUGUGUUGGGAUUAAUGGGCUGGAAGCUGGACCACAACGAGCAAGGGAAACAAGCCUGCAGUAGUGCAGCGUCUUCUAGAACGGGCUAGCGACGCAAGGGCUCAGCCCGAACGGCCGGGGAGCCAGGUGCGGAGCAAGUCA